CCCCUUAUUUUCCAGUUUGGGGAAAGUAUAGCAUUGGCGGAAAGUUGGGUAAAGGAUGAGGCUGGAGAAAUGAUAAAGCUGGAAAUCAACCUCCAAUCGUCGAAAUAGCACCUGUAGUCUAGUUUACUUAAGCUCCACUGCAGCUCUUUUCGUCUUAGCUUGUUCCUCAUACUGAAGGUUAGACCUUGGAUCUUUCAUUAUCUUCUUCACUUCCUUCUUCAUUUAGGGUUACGCACGGACCCUGCUUGCUCGUAUCUUCUGUUAAAAGUUUUGCAGCCUAUCUCGUACCUGCGAUAAACUGCAUUCACGAGUGUUUAUUAUCUGUGCCGUUGGUAUUCCAGUGCUGUCGAUUUGAAGACCUCAUGCUGUAAGGAGACAGUUCAGUAAAAGGGUUUAAGGAAUGAUCCUCGCUGCACUUUUGACUUCUGUUGGAAUCAAUCUUGGCCUUUGUUUUCUGUUCUUCACUUUGUAUUCUAUAUUGAGAAAGCAGCCAGGAAAUGCUAAAGUUUAUGCACCGCGCUUGGUUGCUGAGGGGAAAUCUCAGCAAAGCAGUGAUUUCAAUUUGGAGAGACUUUUGCCAUCUGCUGGUUGGGUAACAAGAGCAUGGCGAGCCUCAGAAGAAGAGCUCUUAUCCAUCUCCGGCUUGGAUGCUGUUGUUUUCAUGCGCAUAUUUAUAUUCAGUGCUAGAGUUUUUACCUUUGCUGUCAUUGUGGGGGUUUUCAUUCUUCUGCCUAUCAAUUGCAUGGGGAAACAACUAAGUCUUGAUUUUUUGGACUUGCCCAACAAGUCUCUGGAAUCAUUCACUAUCUCAAAUGUUAACGAUGGAUCAAACAGGUUGUGGAUCCAUUUCUCUGCUGUUUAUAUCUUCACGGCAGUUGUUUGCUAUCUUCUUUACUUUGAGUAUGACUAUAUUUCAUCAAAGAGAGUUUCUUACUUUUAUUCAUCAAAACCUCAUCCACAUCAGUUUACCAUUUUAGUCCGAAGUAUUCCAGCUUCAUCAGGAAGAAGUUACAGUGAAACAGUUGAAAGUUUUUUUUCAGAGUAUUAUCCUGCUACAUAUCUUUCACACUGGGUUGUCCGGCGAGCAAGCAAACUCCAAGGCCUCAUUAAAAAUUCUGAUAGGUUGUACAGAAGGCUUGUGAACUUGAAAUCAGCAAACCAUGAUCGAGAAAGGUUCAGGCGUGCUGGUUUCAUGGGCCUUUUUGGACAGAGAGUUGAUCUACUUGAUCACUAUGAAAAGAAGCUGGAAGAUAUAGAAGACAAUGUAAGGGCCGAACAAUCUUCAACUCUGGGAAAGGAGGUAGGAGCUGCCUUUGUAUCUUUCAGGACACGUUUUGCCGCAGCUUCAGCUAUACACAUUCAGCAAGGUGUAAAUCCUACACAAUGGGUCACUGAGCCAGCUCCUGAUCCAGAGGAUGUGUAUUGGCCUUUCUUUUCAGCAUCAUUUCUAAAGAGAUGGAUUAGCAACCUGGUGGUCGUUGUGGCAUGCGUCGUCCUUACAUUGCUAUUUCUUAUACCCGUUUUAAUAGUUCAAGGGCUUACACAUCUUGAACAGUUGGAGAUCUGGUUUCCCUUUUUGAAAGGCUUGCUUAGAAUAGCAUUUGUUAGCCAAGUGAUUACCGGAUAUCUUCCUAGUCUUGUACUUCAGCUGUUUCUCUAUGUUGUGCCAUCCAUAAUGAUUAUGUUCUCAUCCAUACAAGGGUACAUUGCUAUGAACCAGAUAGAGAAAAGUGCAUGCAUCAAAGUACUUUGGUUUACUAUAUGGAACAUUUUCUUUGCUAAUGUGCUCUCUGGAACAGCUCUCUAUCGAGUUGAAAUUUUUCUUGAGCCCAAAAAUAUUCCUGCCGUAUUAGCUGUAGCAGUUCCAGGACAGGCAACUUUCUUUAUUGCCUAUGUGGUUACAUCUGGAUGGACCAGCACUUCCUCAGAACUUUUUCGGCUGUCAACCCUCACUUUCAAUUUUAUAAAGAGAAAUAUUUGUAGGAUACUUGAUGAUGAGUUUGAGGUCCCUUCCGUUCCUUACCACAGUGAGAUUCCCAGGAUUCUUUUGUUCGGCCUCCUUGGUAUAACGUACUUCUUCCUUGCUCCCCUAAUUCUGCCAUUCCUCUUGGUUUACUACUGUCUGGGGUAUCUCAUCUACCGGAACCAGCUGCUGAAUGUAUAUGCACCCAAGUAUGAGACUGGUGGAAAGUUGUGGCCUAUAGUACAUGAUUCCAUGAUCUUCUCCUUGAUACUGAUGCAUGUAAUAGCCAUUGGAAUAUUUGGGCUAAAGAAUCUUCCUCUGGCUUCAAGCUUAACAGUUCCUCUUCCAAUCCUUACUCUUGUGUUCAACAGCUAUUGUAGGAGACGCUUCCUACCUAUGUUCAAGUCUUAUUCUGUCGAGAGUUUGCUAAAAAAGGAUAAAGAGGAGCAAAAUGAUCCUACAAUAGCAAGUUUUCAUGAGAGAUUAACCACAGCUUAUCAAGAUCCAGCAUUGCUGCAUGUCGGAUAUUCUGGAAAUAGUGCAAGUAUCAGUGCCCCCCUUCUUAGUACUACUGAAAUUGAUGCUUAGGAUGUAAUGGAGCAAUUACUUGCUGUUACACUUUUUGUUGGCGAACAUGUGAAUUUUACAGGUUUGUAAGACGAUCUAGUUAUGGGAUUCACCAGUAUGUAGUUUUGAGUUCAAUGUGCUACUCUGUAUAACGCCAGCUUUUUAGUUCAGUGCUUUGGAUGACACCACUUUCUAGUUGACACUGUGCUGUAUGUUACCUUGAAAUCAUAAUGGUGCAACUAAUUUUUAUUUCA